GGCAACUGAAGCAGACGGAGGAUUUGGAGGUUAGAGCUUGUAAUCUUUUUUCCAACACCCAUUAAACAACUUAACAAACUUUUAGUCUAGGGAUUUAAAUGAAGAAAACUCUUCACUGAAAGCUCAAUUAGUUAACUAGCUCGAUCGCUCUCGGAAACUUUACUCCAGAAUGAGUCAGCUGACAGAAAGGGAACAAGGGGAAAAUACAGAUGAAGGAAAAUCUGGCUCUGCGAAAGAUCUCUCUGAUGACAAAGAUAUGGAGUCGCCAUCUAACGCCGGCAGCAGAUGUGAAGAUCAAACUGAACCAUGUUCUGGAGAUCUCUCCAAAUAUAUGCAAGAUGGAAAGGAAGACAUUGUGAAUAUUAAGGAAAUAAACGAAGAACAACGGAAAAGAAUCUCAGAGCUGGAAGAUAAAGUAAAUGAAGUAAUCAAAAAGCAAGAGAAAAGAAUCGUAGAGUUGGAAGAUAAAGUAAAUGAAGUAAUCAAAAAUCAAGAGAAAAGAAUCGUAGAGUUGGAAGAUGAAUUAAAUGAAAUAAUCAAAAAUCUACAGAAUAGAAUCUCAGCGCUGGAAGAAAAAGUAAAUGAAUCUGAACGAAUUCUAUGGCUUUACGGUCUACCAGAACAAGAAGGAGAGGAUGUCAGGAAGCGUGUGAUUGAAAUCUGCAGUACCGUGGUCCCGGAGGCUGCAGGUAACUUUCCUCAUCAUAUUGGCAUCGCUCAACGCGUAGGGAAGAGAAAAGAAAGGAAACCUCGACCGGUCAUCAUCAAGUUUUCAGAUAAAUCAACCAAGGAGCUUCUGUUGAAAACUUCUAAGAGUUCCGAAUAUCACCGUUCCAGUAUUUUAAGUUUUGAGAAAGAUUUAACAGCGAAAGAAAAAGAAAAGCGGAACAAGCUUUUGCCUAUAGUUAUAGCUGCACGCAAAGAAGGGAAAACUGCAUAUUUCGAUGGUGCCACAGCUAUAAUCGACAGCAAAGAAAUCUGUGAUCUUAUUGAUGCUGAUGCCGAUGUCUCAAGUUAAUUGAUUAACAAGAGAUGAAAGCAUAUAAUUUAAAAUCAAAGGUAAAUUGUAGUUUGAGAAUAAUAAGUAGAUCAAUAACAUACCCUAGUACUCCAUUGCUAAUUUGUGUAUGCUUGCUAGUAUUUUAUGUUUAUGAUUUUUUAUUUAGUUGAAGAAUGUUAUGUAAUAUCAUGCUAUUAUAUACGUCACUCGUUUAUACAGGUUAAUACAGUAAAUUGUAUUCUUUGGUAGGUGAAAAAAAGCACUUGGUUUAAGUUGUUUUUCAAGAGAAUAUCUUAAUUUGUUCAAUGAGAA